AUGCAUUUCAGCAAAUUUGGGCUAUUGGCCCUUGGAGCAGCUGCCGCAAAUGCUUUCAGAGACACUUCGCCGUUCUUCCUAGCCUCAACUUCAGAGGUCUUGACGAACUCCGCCUACAUCCAGACAGGAGCGAAGCUCCUCGAAAACCUUUCCUCAUCCCUCAGCACCUGUCCGUCCGAUUAUUAUGUCGUCGUUUAUCAACCCGGUGUCCACAGCUCCGACUUCGCGACGCGCAAGUCGGCACCCCGCUUGGGUGCGAAGAUGCUCGGGAAAGACAGGACCAUCCGAUCUAAGAUGAGCGUCAACGAAGUCACUGGUCUGGUAGAACCCAAGGAGUUUAAGAACCUCUUGGUGGAGAAGUGCAAGGCCCAAAUCACCGCCGUUAAUGCUUCUUCUGGAUCCUACCCCUCAUACUUCGAAUCUGGCCCUCGGAUCAUCGACAUGGAGUUCCCCAUGCUGUCGCUGGGCUCAGACCGCGCACAGCAGCUUUCUGGAUUCGAUGGCUUCCUGGCCGAUGUCGUUGAUCGCAUCCCAUCUUCCUCAACGUAUACCAUCAUCUAUAUCACCUCGCCGAGAGAGUUCCCCGAGACGGACUCCGUUAUCUAUGAAGCCGGAGAUUCAUACCCAGACACGGCCCACAUGGAGCUGAAGCGGGACUACUCCGCACACGGUAGCGCUUCGAGCUCAUUGAAGCAGGACACUUCACUGUUCAAUGAUUAUCAAUUCUUCACUCCAGGCAUCUUCAUGGGCCUAAUGGCUACCUUCCUGUUCCUGGCAAUCUUGUACAUUGGCAUCAACGCCCUGAGCAGCCUUGAGACUCCUUAUGCUGCGUUUGAGAGGGAUACCUCUGCUGCUGUGCAAAAGAAGGCACAGUAA